AUGGCAUAGAAAUAGUAAUCUAAUGGUUUGAGCGUUGAUGAAAUCAUUGAAAAAAUAAUAGGUUUUGCUGAAAGAAUAGAUACACCAUUUGGUGAGAUGUGUUCUCUUUCAUGUGAUUUAUAAAGUAAUGGUAGACUUUACAAACCUAUAGAGGAGUCGAUUGCAAAGCUAAGAGCUCACUUAAACUAAAGAACUUAAAAGUAAACAUAUGAUGGUCAUUUAACACAUAAUAUGUAUCAUUACAGCGUGAACACAAUACUUGAAUUUUUUGGACUGAAUUCGAAAUAAUAUUAAAUUGAGGAAUGUGGAUCAAAUGAAAUUUCGCCGUAUACUUAUCUAGGAAAGAUUUUAUAAAUAAAUUAUCCAAAUAGAAGAUAUAAAGAUGAAGAAGAAAACAAUAAUGGAGCGUUUAAUUCAGAAGUUAAUAGAGUACCUUAAGUUUAUGUAACGAGCAGUGAGAGUUAUUAUAAUAUUUUACCAUGGGCUUUUUAUGGAUGCAAUAUGAAUUCUAUUGAAGUAAAUAAGCAAUCAGAGAUUAAUGGAGUUCAACUUAUUGAUAAAAUAUCUAAGUCAAGCGAUUAAGAUUUGCACAUUGUUAGCAUUUCUGCUGUUUCUAAUAUCACUGGCUAGAAAAUACCAAAUUUAGAAAGCAUAGUGCAAAGCAUUAUUGGUUUAAGAGCAGAAAUGGCUUUGAGAAAUAAGAACAUUCGCAUUUACUUUUGUCUUGAUAUUACUCAAUUAGCUUAAAGAGAGAAAAUAGAUGCAAAAGAAGGGGUUUUCAAAGAUGUAGAUUUCUUCAUCCUUCAAAGUUCUAAGCUCCUUGGCGGAGGCUUUGAUUCUACUAACAUACUUAUCAGUAAAAAAGAGAGUGCAACUAGCGUUUUAGCUCCUUAAAGACCUUUGGCAGAUAACUGCAAUAAUAUCCUUGACUCGCUUACUGAAAAUAAUGAUCCUACUAAAUUAUACAGAGUGGCAUUAUCCUUGCAGCUCUUGGAAAAUAUUACUUUUGAAAAAAUUAGAGAUUUAGAGAAGAAAAACAUAGAUUUAUUGCUGAAGGAAGUAGCUUCUGCCAAUAAAGCUCUUCGCAAAUUAAGCGUCCUUCGAUAUAUUAAUAUAUGGGGAGUUGUUUCCGAAAAAUCAGAGUUUUCGUAUGGAAACAUCCAUUUAAAUAUUUAUGUUCCAGGCAGUGAAAUUUUCGAUAAUGAAAAUAAAUCUUAUCUGCAUCCAGAUUUAGUUUGCUAAAUUCUUCAUGACAUAUUUGGAAUCUAAGCAACUAUGAAGAGAAAUGUUAACCUCACAGACAAUAUUGUUAUGCUUAAUAUUCCAAAAAAUAUUGCCUCUCAGCUAAAUUCUAUAGGAUCUUCUGAGUCUAUGCUUGGUUGUAUUUCAUUAGACAUCAGCUUUCUCCAUAAAGAAGAUGAAAUAAAAUAUAUUACACAAGCCCUUCAACUAAUCUGUGAAAAGGGUGAUGAAUUUAUCAGAUAUUAUGAUAAAAAAACAUUCUUGAUGAAUAAUUUUAAUUAUGAUAGCUAUGACUUGCACUUAAAUCAAAUGCUUAAAGUGAACGACACGAGAGAAGAAGUUGUCAAAAAAAGAAGUUAAAAAUAUGAUGCAUAAAUUUCAUUAGCAAAAACAAUAUUUAAAAACUACACGAGAUACUUUUCUUUGCAUGAUGGCUACACAAAAGAAAAAACCGAAUAGAUUAAAAAAAAAGAUAUUCCAUUUUCUAUGCCUCCAAUAAUGACAUAAAAAAGUAUGGUAAAAUUACCUGAUGAUCUAAACGAUGAAACAGUUUUGAAUUUGUAAAAAGUGGCGAUCGAAAAAGCCUAAGAAUUCGUCAAAACAGAGCUUGCUAGAAUCGAAGCUGAAAGACUUAGGCUACAAAAACUUCAAAUGCAAGAUAGUGUUGUAAUUAACACAUAGCCACCUCCGCCAAUAACUGAACCAGAAAUAAAAAUAGAACCAAAAGAGCCAAGUAUCCCAAAAGACGAAAUGGAAAGAUAACUUUAAGAACUGAUUGACAAAAAGCUAAAUGAAAAGACUAAAAAAGAAAAAGAGGAUAUGGAAAAGCUUAUGGAAGCGAUGAGAAAAGAAAUGUAAGAAAAAAUUGAUCAGUCAUCAGGAUACAAAGAAUAGUUUGUUUUUGAGGAUUUAUAGCCUUCAGUUAUGUUUAAAAAUGUAAUUGAUCAUAGGGAGAAAAGAUAUAGAAACUUGCGUAUUAUAUUUAAUAACUACGCCAAAUUGAACUUAGAAUAGUAAGAAUUAGAACCAAAGAAAGAAAAAAAGAGCAGAUUUGACAUUGUCACUUAGAAUUAUAAAAAGCAAGAAUAACAAAUAGCAUAUACAAUCAACGCUUAACAGUUUAUGAUGUUUUGCAAUUAAUUCAAUUUAUUUAGCGAUUAAUUUGAUGCUAAUAUUGCUAUCUAAAUUUACUCUAAAAGUUUAAAUAGAUCAAUUAGUACAAAGGAAAUGCAUUUUACAGAGUUUAUUUCUUCACUUGAAAAAAUUGCAUUAGUUGUGUAUUACAACAAUAAUCUUUUAAUUACCAGCUUUGAUAAGACAGAAGCACUUUAUUAGUUUUUGGAAAUCGACGAUGUUCAUAAAAUUAAAGUAAAAAUGUCUUUACCUUUGACAAGAGAAAAUUUCUCUGUCAACAAAAGCCAAUACUUUGGAAGUAACCCCAGCAACGUUAGAGAAGUGCCUAGCUCUCAUAAGUAGCUUAGCAUCGGAAACGGUUAAUCUAAAUCACCUGGCUAAAGCCGUCUCCAUUAACUAGAUUAUGACUCGGGUGAUCUGAGUUAAUAAGUAGCCCUCUAAAAAAAAUAUGUUCAUAAUCACCAGCAACCUUAAAAUUAUUCAAUAAAUUCUAACAAAAAAAACAGCAAUAUAUUUUAGAAUCAGUCAACUGAUCUAAAUUGGAACGAAAUAAAUUCUGUUAUGGUGAACCCCUAAUCAUUAUUUAAAAAUGAAAGCAACUUUCUUUAUCAUGAAUAUGGUACAGGAAGGACUUCAUUAUCUAAAGUAAAUUCAAGCAAAAUUUCAAAAAAUAUUGAUACAUCCCAGUCACUUUCUUAUUUAUCUCCUAAUAAUUUACUGUAAUAACAAUAAUAUGCAAAGCAUCUGUCUUAAAGUCCUAUCAAGAGCGGUUCUACAGAUAUGCAAAAGCAAUAUCCUAUUUAAAAUUACUCCAUGUAGUAGCUAUAUGGAAUGCAACAAUCUCCAGAGAGUCGAAAAAACAACAUGAUUCAUAGAAUAAAAGAAAUAGAAGACAGUGAAAUUAAAAAAUAAAAGGACCUCUUAUCUUUCCUUCAAAGUAAUAUGAGUAACUAAAGAUACAGGCACCCAAAAAAACUAAUUUGA